AUGGAAUGAAAUCUGAGAGUGCUGUCAACUAGACAAUGGCUUUGUACAAAGCUCUGAUGGAGGAGACGCCAUUGUCGCGGACCAAGGAACCGGAUAGUGCAAUAGAUGAUUCCACUGAAGUCCUGUCCAAUUCUGAGGGUAUAAGUUCAUUAAUUACGCGAAAAUAUUUUGACCCUGUCACGGACAACAAUGAUUCAGAGGCGUCAACAAAUGUGUCAGAAUUGCCGUACACUGUGUUAAAUUCAUCGCGUGAUCACGAGAACACAACCUGUGGAAAGUCAUCGUCAUCACUUACAGACCAUAAUAUCUUUUCGGAAAUACCAUCGUCUUCGGCACCAGAAAAUAUUUUAACUGAAAUAACAACGGAACUUGUGUGUGAUACUAGGCUAACUGAGACAUCAUUCAGGCAACAACCAUCAAGUGAGGAAAGUCCGAGCUUAACGGGCGUGAGACGUGAUACACUGGGUGAUCAUGGUGACAGUAGCACACAAGCUAUUGGCGAUGAUGGAGGUAUUAACGUUGACCGGUAUCAACCUGGACCGCGGGUAACUGUGCACAAUCUACACCAGAGUGCACUGGCACGACGGGAUGAAAUGGUGAAGGACCUCAGUGUGGACGGGUCUGGUUUAAAAGUCAUGUGCUGUCUGCUUGGUGUCAUUGUUGUAUUCGCCAUCGCAAUAAUAUCCAUUGUGGUAACAGGAUUAUGAAGGGACGCUCUGAAUGGAACAUUCAAUAGAAAUGAAUGGCAAGCAAAAGACUAUAUCUGGAUGUUGAUGGCAACAGCUCUUUUAAGAUCUAACACUUCGCCCAUAGCUUUUUUGUUUAUACAUAAUAUAUAUUACAUUUAUAGUUUGUGUGUUUUCAUUUCCACAUGUGUUUUAAUACAGUCCAUUGGUUGAUUUUAUCACUAGUUACGACAUUUCCUAUCUUAUAGCAGCUGUUUUGCAGGAAGUAUAAUAGCAUUUGUAGAGAAUAAUGUACUUGAGAAACUGAUUUUAUUAACAUAUAAAUACUAAUGGUGUGAUAUCCGCCAAAAGAAGGAACUGUUUUUUUUAUUACUUUUGAGUAUCAACUUGAUAUACCUGUGCCAAUAAAAAAACACCACAUAUCUGAAAGGUUUUAUUGCGUCUGACAUGACAUGGAAGCAUGGUCGUACAUGUAACAAUGUUGGUUAGGAAACUUAACCAUUUUGCA